AGUGAGCACAUUUUAGAGUUGCGCCGGAUUCUGAAUGUUCAAAUUUCCCACUGACAUAUAAGACAGCGUAGCUCCAUCACGACCCCGUCGCCACCUCAACUUUCUUUUUUUGUUCUUCCUGGGGGUUGAAUCACUCGUCUACAAUCGCAAGUGGAACCAGGAGAGGAAAACCUAUAAGAUCUGAACGAUAUUUUUUUUAAAAAAGGAAAGAAACUGCCAUGAAGUUGUCUGUAAUUCGUAGUGCCUGUUGCAGCCUUCGCGCAACCCCAACCCGUCCGGGAAGUACGAUCAGCGGCUUGUCGCGGAGAUGGCCACCUUUGGGUCCUGCCAUUAGUCGUUUGAACAUCAGAACUACAAGCGCGACUGCCGGCGGCGGUGCCAACCCGAAAUUAGCCGUCAGCUUUGGGAAACAGUCCCCAAAAGAUGAUGGGUUUGAAUACGACAGUUCUUUGAGGGAAGUUGUUCAGAGCACCAAGGAGGCAAUGGUGGCUCUGCGGGGAAGAAAUCCAGCAAUCCAACCAUUGUUAGCCAUUAUACAGGCAGGUGAAGAUGACAGCUUGUUGGAAAUCAAUGCGAAGAUGGCAGGAAGGAUUGGCUUAAAUGUCACUCAGAUUUGUUUGACAAAGGACUGCAGUGAAGACGAAAUUGUAGAGGAGGUGUUGAAGCUGAAUGAAGACCCCAGGGUGCAUGGAAUCUACCUCCACCUCCCCCCUGCUUCCCUCACUUGUCGAGUGCUUAACACGCUCAAACCCGAGAAGGACAUUGAUGGGAUAUCAGAUUUGAACAUGGGCCGUCUGGUACGAGGUGACCUGAGCUCAGGCUUUGUGCCACCCUUAGCCAGCGCUGUCCUUGAUCUGCUGGAGAAACAUGAUGCUCCUUUGGAAGGGAAGUCUGUGGUGUUGGUUGGAGGAGAGGAACCCCUUGGGGUGGCCCUGCAGUGCCUGAUUGAAAGAAGUGGAAUGGUUGCUUUCAAGAGUCAUUGGAGCUCCAAGAGCCUACAAAAACAGUUGAUGCAGGCAGAUGCUGUGGUCCUGUUAGGAGAAGGGAGUACGGAUGUCCCACCCACCUGGGUUAGACCGGGAGCUGCUGUCAUUCGCUGUGAGCCCACCCUGGAGACAGGUGAAAUGUCCUCAAAGUCUGGGUUAGGAUACAUCACAGCAGCCUACAGAACAAAGAAUGUGGUGCGUAGUUGCAGUCGGUGGCUCCAGGAGCAGCAGUACCAACCCUGGCAUCUGCGUCCCCUCAAACUGCAGCCCCUGACCCCUGUACCAAGUGACAUAGAGAUAUCCAGAGCACAGACGCCCAAGCCAGUGGACCAGCUGGCUGAGGAGAUCGGUUUGCUGCCAGAAGAGCUCGAAGCGUAUGGCAGGAGCAAAGCUAAAGUCCGACUCUCCCUGUUAGACCGCCUCCACACACAGCCUGAUGGAAAAUAUGUACUGGUUGCUGGUAUAACUCCCACCCCACUGGGUGAAGGUAAAAGCACCGUCACCAUUGGUCUAGUUCAGGCACUGUCUGCCCACCUUAAGCUCAACUCCUUCGCCUGCCUCCGACAGCCUUCCCAAGGACCCACCUUCGGGGUUAAAGGGGGAGCUGCAGGAGGGGGAUAUGCUCAGGUCAUCCCUAUGGAGGAGUUCAACCUCCAUCUGACUGGUGACAUUCAUGCCAUCACGGCAGCCAAUAACCUGGUGGCAGCAGCCAUCGAUGCCAGGAUGCUCCAUGAGGCAACACAGUCAGACAAGGCUCUGUUCAAUAGACUGGUCCCUUCAGUGAAUGGAGUCAGGAGAUUUUCACCCAUUCAGAUCUCCAGGCUGCGACGUUUAGGGAUCAAUAAAACAGACCCAGCGUCUCUCACACCCCAGGAAGUCAGCACAUUUGUCCGUCUUGACCUUGACCCCGCCAAGAUCACCUGGCAGAGAGUCGUUGACACAAACGACCGUUUCUUGAGGAGGAUCACGGUGGGGCAGGCCAGCACCGAGAAAGGACAGAUCAGAGAGACUGGGUUUGACAUCGCUGUGGCCAGCGAGAUCAUGGCCAUCCUGGCUCUGGCAGACAGCCUGGAGGACAUGAAAAACAGACUGGCGCGCAUGGUGGUGGGGACCAGCCGCUCCGGACAGCCCGUCACCGCUGAGGACCUGGGCGUGAGCGGAGCACUGGCCGUGUUAAUGAAAGAUGCCAUCAAGCCCACGUUGAUGCAGACCCUCGAGGGUACGCCAGUGUUUGUCCAUGCUGGGCCCUUUGCCAACAUCGCCCAUGGCAACUCCUCGGUGCUGGCAGACAAGCUGGCUUUGAAGUUGGCUGGACGGGACGGCUUCGUGGUUACAGAAGCUGGUUUUGGAGCAGACAUCGGGAUGGAGAAGUUCUUCAACAUCAAAUGUCGUGCGUCAGGGCUGCGGCCAAAUGUGGUGGUGCUGGUCGCAACUGUCCGAGCGUUAAAGAUGCAUGGCGGUGGCCCAAAUGUCUCAGCCGGCGCACCCCUUCCCAGAGAGUACAUUGAUGAGAAUCUGAGCCUAGUUGCGGGCGGUUGCCAUAGCAACCUCAGGAAACAGAUCCAAAUAGCACACCUGUUUGGUGUACCGGUGGUGGUGGCCCUCAAUGUCUUCAAGACAGACACACAGGCAGAGAUCGACCUUGUGUGUCAGCUGGCAAAAGAGUGUGGAGCGUCUGACGCUGUGCCGUGUCACCACUGGGCGCAGGGCGGGCGAGGCUCCUUGGAGCUGGCCCAAGCUGUGAAUGAAGCUGCUAGCAGACCCAGCAGCUUUCAGUUCCUGUACAACAUCGAGAUGCCAAUAGUGGAGAAGAUCAGAACAAUUGCCCAGAAAGUGUAUGGAGCUGAUGACAUUGAGCUGUCACCGGAGGCCAAAGCCAAGAUAGAUUACUACAAUCAACAGGGCUAUGGUUCAUUGCCCAUCUGCAUGGCCAAGACUCACCUGUCCCUGUCUCACAUGCCUGACAAGAAGGGUGCACCAACUGGAUUUGUUUUGCCAAUCAGAGAUGUCCGUGCCAGCAUCGGGGCCGGCUUCAUCUACCCACUCGUGGGAACGAUGAGCACCAUGCCUGGUCUGCCAACCCGACCGUGUUUCUACGACAUCGACCUCGACCCUCUCACAGAAGAGAUCACUGGGCUCUUCUGAGCACGCUCCAAUUAAACUAUCUAUAUAGGUGUUCUCUCUUGCACUCUUGAUACAUAAAACAUUACAUGAAACAUACGAUUCAGGUCACCUGCAGGAGCGUUCCUUGUAUCAUAUCAAACAUUUUCCAAGCAGUCUUUGUCUACUUAAUUCCUAACACGAGACUUUAUUUCCUCCCUGUGGUUUUUAGUUUACGACCUCAUUCACUCAGUGCCAAGGCUCCAGUCCGUGAGGUUACACUCUACUCACAUACACACACAGUUCAAGUCAUCAUCCUGUCUUUUUUUCCCAGGCUCCCUCAGCUCCAUGCACACACCAUCAGAGGCAUCCACCCCCUCCACCUUUGACAGGAAAUGCUGUCUCACUCUUCUCGGCAACCCAUAUUCUCCCCACGUCACAGUAACUUGUUCACUGGAGCAUUAGCUUUACGCUAUGUUUGCACAGUUUGUGUGAUAUGCCAAAGAUCACUGAUUACAUCCAUGUUGUAUACCAGUACGCUGUACGUUUAUGUUUGUGACCUUUCUGUACCGUGUUUUUUCUGUGUUAUGGAAGAGUCAUUUUAAAUAUUAAGUUUUACUUUGUUGUUGACUUUAGUUUUCUCCGGUUUUUUUUGGUGGGAAAAAAGUAACUCAAACGUCUUAUAUUGGUGCUCCUUAUGUGUUUUCUUUAUAUAUACAUGUUAAACCUGCAGUGCAGAGCUUUGCAGAACUCGCCUCCUUCUGACAAUGUGAGAAAUCACACAAACACUAAUGUCGUACUUAUGACACUAUAGGGUCCACCCUGCUGUUAUUGGCUGUAGCCUACUCUGUCACUGUGAUUGUUCCUCCCUUCACCUCUGACAAACCAUUCCACUUUGGGGAAGUCAUCAGAAACUCCAGAUGUUAAAACGAUAUACUGCGACAUAUAGAGAGAUUUAUUAAUUCAUCUGGUGGUGAUGGGCUUAAUCAGCACGUGAACUCAUUUGAGAAGAGCUUGAAUGGGAUGCAUGUUCAUUUAUGUAUAAAAGUUCUGCACUGCAGGUUUUUAGUUGAAAUGGAUUCAGCUUGUGUAUUUAUUAACUAAAUUGCUAUUGUACGCACAAAAAGCCAUUAUGGUACUUUACGUACCCUCUAGUGUCAUAACCUGCUGUAUGCUCUGAAUGUCCAAGCUGCCAUAGUAAGUGAGUGAAAAUCACUACAAGUUACACAAGUUAGGAUUUUUUGGGUGGAAUUUUGUUCAGUUGUUACAUUUAUGCUUUGAAAAAGAUUGGACUUAAUUGUUUUAGUUUUACCAGAGGUGGUAAACCGCCUAGAUCCUGAUGGAUCUCACCGUAAGUUCAGUUACCUUAAAGAGACAGUUCACCUCAAAAUACAUCUUUUCCUUCUCACCGUUUAGGGCUAUUACUGUAUGAGUUUUCAAAACGUCAGCUGUAGAGAUAUCGGCCUUGAAUAUAACAGCACAUGAUGGCACUCGCGUUGUGGUGCUCAAAAUGCAGCGCUCAAACAUACAUUAGAAAAACUCUACAGCAUUGUCUCUUUCCAGAUAUCGCGACCCGGUCACUCAAGCUGAUCCACAAACAUUGUUAUCAGCAGUUUUAUGGAGGAGCUAGUUUUUCAUUCUACCAUAUUGAAGGAAGUGUGUAUCUGCUCAUAGAUGAGAGGCUCAUGCUUGUGACAGGGAAGGGGUGUAAACAUUAAUGACUCCAUGGCUGAGCUGCAACAUUAGCUAACCGAGUUAGCAAGUCUGUCUCCAAAUCUCUAAAACUUUGUAUUUUGGGAUAAACUGUCUCUUUGGUAGCUCAUUAAAUAAAUUGCAUUUCCUGUGUGAAAUGGCCCUUCAGCUAUUUUCUCUGAAAGUUAAUGCAUUAUAACGUUCACAAUACCUUUAUGUUUUAGAGGUAGGAGAGAUGGUCUUAAUUUCCAGCAAAGUCAAUCAAUUUCAAACUCAUGUUGUGGCUGCUUUCCUUCCAGAUGGCUGAAUGUAAAACUGUUCUUACAACGUCAGCUAAAAUGUUACUGCACUAUCUAAAACAAAUUUUGUACAGCCAGUGUGGCACUAACGCAGGUUUGCUUUGGGAAAAAAAAAAUCUGUAUUGUUCUCAGUAACAAUAAUUGCAGGUCAAACUUUUUGGUUCUCAGAUAUGUCAAAAGUCUAUGCCUUUUUUUCAAAUUAAACCUUUUAUUUACUCCAAAA